AUGCCAAAUAUCAGAAUCUGGUUAACUACUUCCAUUUCCGACAACAUUGUUCAACCAGAGUCUUCAUCCGAGGCGCGGAAUGUGGUCAUUAUCAGGCCAUUGUCAUGUGGCAUCUUCGUUCAUUCAUAUCAGAAUAGAUCCGCAAUCUACCUAUUCCUAUGUGCCUCAUUCGGGGGCCCCCCUACAAGGCCGCCCGCUAGAUUGAAAACCUCAUCCGUCAUCGAUAUCUCUCCCAAGCUUACCUCAUCCAUCAGCAGACGUCGAAGACACCGGUUCUCUACGUUUGCGGGAAGCAAGCAAGCAGGGGCUCGGUCCUCCUCUCCCCGGAGAUCAGCCUCCUACCCGCCAACGAACUAUAACCCCUUCAUGUUCCUGCAAGCCCACGCCUCCCACUUACCCGAGUUCGAGCUCGAGAUUAUUUCAGCCUCUGAGCUUGAGCCAAGCCCACCCCAGGAGCCAGCAGCCAGCAUUAAGUCCCUAUUGCUCACCGACACCAUCGCUGCAAUGCUGUGCCUUCUCACCCGCAGCAUCCGCAUCCUGUAA